UCCAAUUUGUUCUUCUCAUCCCAAUUACUACCCUUCAAAAUUUCAUAAAAAAAUAAAUAAAUAAAGAUUAUCCCAUAUCUUUAUAUAGUAAGAAUUACAGUCUGAAUUGAAUAAGAAGGGUAUCAUGGAAGUAGCUAAAGAUGUUGUGAUUGUAGGAGCUGGAAUAGCUGGACUCACCACUUCUUUGGGGCUUCACAGGCUUGGAAUUGAAAGCUUAGUGUUGGAAUCAUCAGCUAAUUUGAGAGUGACUGGUUUUGCAUUAACGACAUGGACUAAUGCUUGGAAGGCAUUAGAUGCUAUUGGUGUUGGUGAUUUUCUCCGGGAAAAACAUGUGGGAAUUGAUGGAGUAGUUGCCACCUCUACAAUCACAGGCCAAAGGGGAGCAGAAAUCUGCUUUAAAGCCAAAGGGAAGCAUGGAGAUCAUGAAGUUCGAUGUGUGAAAAGGAAAUUGUUGCUAGAAACUCUUGUGCAAGAACUCCCAAAUGAUACCAUAAAGUACUCAUCCAAAGUAGUUUCUAUUGAGGAAUCAGGCUACUUUAAGCUGGUCCAUCUUAUUGAUGGCUCUAUCAUCAAAACCAAGGUACUAAUCGGAUGUGAUGGGGUCAAUUCAGUGGUGGCAAACUGGCUAGGAUUAAAAAAGCCAGCUUUUACUGGGAGGUCAGCUAUCAGGGGCUAUGCAAAAUUUAAGGGAAGCCAUGGGUAUGGUCCCAAGUUCUUGCAGUUUUUUGGUAAUGGAAUUCGUUCAGGUCUCCUUCCUUGUGAUGAUACAACUAUAUAUUGGUUUUUUACUUGGACUCCUUCUAACUCAGACAAAAAUCAAGAUGACAACCCAGACAAAAUGAAGCAAUUUGUUCUUAGCGGACUUGAAAAUGCGGCUAGUGAUCACUUGAGAGCUGUAGUAGAAGCCACUAAUUUAGAUGAUAUAUCAUCUUCUCCAUUAAGAUAUAGACAUCCAUGGGAAUUGAUAUGGGCAAACAUAAGCAAAGGAAAUGUUUCUGUAGCUGGGGAUGCUCUCCAUCCUAUGACUCCGGACAUCGGUCAAGGUGGCUGUGCUGCUUUAGAAGAUGGAGUUGUCUUGGCUAGAUGCCUUGGUGAGGCAUUGAUGAAACAAGUGAAUGUAGAGAAUGAAGAGAAAGAAAAAGAAGAAUAUAAAAGGAUUGAAAUUGGGUUGAAAAAAUAUGCACAAGAGAGGAGGUGGAGAAGCUUUCAGCUCAUAGCCACAUCUUAUUUGGUUGGAUUUAUACAAGAAAGUGAUGGGAAAAUAUUGAACUUCCUGAGAGACAGAAUUAUGGUUAAAUAUCUUGCUGGUUUGUUUUUGAAGAGAUCUGAUUUUGAUUGUGGAAAACUCUAUAUUUCUUGAUUUUCAUUAGCCAUAUGUGGAUAGGAUGUUCUGAGAAUAUGAUGGAAGUCGUAAAUUUUGAAUUGAUGAAGUAAUGAAGUUGUUUAAACUAUAUCAUUAUCUUGUAUCAA